UUCAAACCCCAUCUCUUAAGAUGACUGAUAUUGAAAUCUCAUCAAGACCUGAACGAACUGCUUCCCCUCGAGACUUGGAAGACGUCGGGCUCCCACCCAUCCAGACGAUCGGUACCACCUCCACGCCAGCCAUCCCGCCAAUUCAUGCAGUGGACGUUGCACCAAGAUGGAACGAGUCCAGAACAACCGUCUGGAGACUGAGUGCAACAUGCUGGUGUGCCUUACUCAUGGGCGCCAAUGAUGCUGCUUAUGGGGCUAUCAUCGCCUACCUUGAGCUAUACUAUCGCAAAAGCUACACGGUUAUCUCGCUUGUAUUCCUCUCCCCAUUUGCCGGCUACACUAUCUCUGCGCUUCUCAGCAACUGGGUUCAUCACCGUUGUGGGCGAAGAGGUGUUGCUAUCCUGGGCGCCGGAUGCCACUUGCUUGCGUUUACUGUUAUCUCCUUUCACCCACCCUUUCCAGUCCUGGUGAUCAUGUAUAUACUUGUUGGUGUAGGAAGCGGAAUAUACAACGCGGCCUGGAACGUGUGGAUUGGCAACAUGGCCAAUGCGCACGAAGUCCUGGGAAUCUUUCAUGGGUUCUACGGGUUAGGGGCUACAACCAGUCCAUUAAUUGCCACGAGCUUGAUCACGAAGGCGGGGUGGAACUGGUACUCAGUCUACUACCUUCUGGCCGGAGCAGCCGCGAUCGAACUCAUCUACACCACUACAGCCUUCUGGCGCGAGACCGGCACCGACUACCGGCGCGACAACUCCAGUACCACCACCACAACCGGAUCCCUUAGCCAGACCCGUCUCUCGUUGAGCUACCGGGUUACCUGGAUAUGUGCCAUCUUUCUCUUCCUGUACGGCGGCAUCGAGGUGACCAUCGGGGGCUGGAUCGUUGUCUUUAUGACCACCGUCCGCCACGGCAGCGCUUUUGCAUCCGGCAUGACCGAGACCGGCUUCUGGCUAGGCAUCACCACGGGUCGGUUCGUCUUAGGGUUUGUCUCGCCCAGGGUGGGCGAGAAGCUGUCGAUCGCAGGCUACCUGAUCGUGGCCAUCGCGCUCGAGCUGAUCUUCUGGCUCGUGCCGCAGUUCAUCGUGUCCGCGCUGGCGGUCUCUUUGGUAGGGUUUUUCCUGGGCACAAUCUUCCCGGGCGUGGUGGUACUGUCGACGCGUCUUCUGCCGCGGAGUGUUCAUGUUGCGGCCAUCGGGUUCGCAGCGGCGUUCUCGAUGGGUGGCGGUGCGGUAUUUCCGUUCGUGAUUGGGGCGGUUGCGCAGGCCAAGGGGGUCACGGUGCUGCAGCCGAUCUUGCUGGCGAUGUUGGCCGUGGCGUUGGGGUCUCUCCUUUGUAUUCCCAUCGAGUCUCUCCUUUAG